CACAUUAUUCUCACAUUUGAUUUUGUCUUUGUUCUACUGUUGAUGGAGAAAAUAAUGAAAAUCACAGAGGUGUUAUGCCAAACACUACAAAAGAAAUCUAUAGAUAUCUUAAAUGCAAUGGAUUUAGUUUCUAACACAAAGGUGUUACUUCGUGACCUACGCAAUGAUGGUUGGGAACCUCUUCUGAAUGAGGUCAUGGACUUUUGUGGGAAGCAUGAGGUUGAAAUCCCAGAUCUAAAUCGCAGAUAUGCUGAUGUGACAAAAUCUCGGAACAAGCAUGACAACACUACAACUCUUCACCAUUAUAAAAUAGAUGUGUUUAAUGUGGCAAUUGAUCAACAACUAAUUGAAUUGGAGGACAGAUUUAGCUCUCAAGCUACAGAACUUCUAUCACUUUGUGCCUCUUUGGAUCCAAGACUGGACAUCUUUGAUAGGUCAAAGAUAUCUACCCUAGUAGAAAAAUAUUAUCCGGCUGAUUUUUCUAAUCAAGAAAGAGCCCAAUUAGAAUGCCAACUGCUGCAUUUUCAACUUGAUGUGUGCAACCAUCCAGAGCUAAGUAGUCUCCCAUCACUUGCUGAUCUGACAAAUGGGCUUGUUAAAUUGGGCAAAAAUUCUCAUUAUCCAAUGGUUGAUAGGUUGUUAAGAUUAGUCAUGACUCUUCCGGUGUCAACUGCAACCACAGAGAGAGCAUUCUCAGCUAUGAAACUUGCCAAGACUCGUCCACGCAACAAAAUGAGAGAUGAUUUUCUACGUAGUUACAUGAUAAUUUAUAUUGAAAAGGAAUUGGCAGCAAAGAUUACUUCUGAAGAUAUCAUCAAUUCUUAUGAUCUAGUUGGUUCUCGUAGAGGUAAAUUCAAGUUAAUAGAGAUGUAAAUUCAAGGACGCUAACUUCUACCUUAUCCUACUGCCCUGCAUUGGAUGAUUGGAGCUAAUUAUUAAUAGUAAGUAAAUUUAUUCUUAUAUAUUACAUACAUGUUUGAUUUUUGUUA